GGGAGACGUCAUGGCGUGCCCCGUCACUGCGUGCUCCGCCGGAACCUGCGGCGUGGUCUGUGCCAUAACGUGCGAAUGUUUUGGAUUUACAGCUAACAUAUCCCACAGCUUUAGGAGCUUUCGUUUCUUUACAGUGAAGAAGCCAGAGAAGUCCUUAUGGAGCCUGUAGUGCACCGGCUUUGGCCCAGAGCUUGGCAGCGAUUCCACAGACCCCUGGCCCUCCUCCAGAGGACCCACUCCUCCUCCCCUCCUGUCUUUCCUCUGGCCUCUCCUCUGGCCUCUCCUCCUCUUUCUUGUCCUCAUUCCCUGCCGUUGGUGUCGCGCCUGUACCAGCCCUCUAACCUGCGCGAUGUAGGACCCGACAGCCGCCUGCAGGGGGAGCAAACCUGUAAGAGUCAGAGGCUCAUGCAGCAGGCGGGACUCAUCUACCCCUCCAACCCAGGCUGCUACUACUACCUCCCCGCCACUGUGCGUGCCAUGGAGAAACUGGUGUGCCUGAUAGAUGAAGAGAUGCAGGCCGUGGGUGGACAGAAGCUGGACAUGCCCAGUCUCUGUUCUGCUGAGCUGUGGAGGACCAGUGGCCGCUGGGAGCUGAUGGGGAAGGAGCUGUUCAGGCUGAAGGAUCGGCACGGAGCCGACUUCUGUCUGAGCCCCACACACGAAGAGGCGGUCACCGCACUAGUGUCGCACCAAACCACACUGUCUCACAGACAGCUCCCCCUGCUGCUCUACCAGAUCACCCGUAAAUUCCGUGAUGAGCCAAAGCCGAAGUUUGGUCUCCUGCGAGGCCGUGAGUUCUACAUGAAGGACAUGUAUUCUUUUGAUGUGAGCGAAGAAGCUGCGUUUCAAACAUAUGAGUCUGUGUGUGAAGCUUACAGACGACUGUUCAGUCGCCUGGGCCUGCGGUGUGUUAAGGUACAAGCCGACACCGGAAACAUCGGAGGAACACUCUCUCAUGAAUUCCAGCUUCCAGCAGAUAUCGGGGAAGAUAAGCUUUUGUUGUGUGGAUCCUGCUCCUUCUCUGCUAACGUAGAGACUUUGCCAUCGGACCAAACUCACUGUCCCAAAUGCAAAACAGGAACGCUAGCACAAUCAAAGGGGAUAGAAGUGGGUCACACGUUUUAUUUGGGUAAAAAGUACUCAGAAAUGUUCAACGCUUCAUUCAGCAACACUCAGAACAAAGCUACUGUUACAGAAAUGGGCUGUUACGGUUUGGGUGUCACCCGCAUUCUCGCUGCUGCAGUUGAAGUUUUAUCAACCGAUGACGAGAUUCGCUGGCCGGACCUGCUCGCGCCCUACCAAGUGUGUAUACUACCUCCUAAGAAGGGAAGCAAAGCAGAUGAAGCGUCCUCAAUAGCUGAAGAUCUCGCACACAGUUUAGGAGGGACCCUGCCUCGUUUGAAAGGGGAGGUUGUAAUGGAUGACCGCACUCAUAUGACCAUUGGGAAAAGGCUCAAAGAUGCUAAAAGACUUGGCUAUCCUUACGUUAUUGUCGUAGGGCAGGGGGCGCUGGAGGAGCAGCCCAAGUUUGAGGUGAUCUGCCAGAAACAUGGGGAGACUUUGUUUCUCAGUAAAGAUGGACUCUUGGAUCUGCUGCGAUCUGUGGAAACUGUUUAAAGGGCCCAUAUUACACUAUUUUCUGAUCUAUAAUGUAAUUUCCUCAUCACAAAUAGACCUGGAGUUGUUUUUAUUUUAUAUUCACACAUGUUUAACACACAAACCCCGCGCAUUUUAGGCUGAAUUCUUCUCUCAAACAGAAAACACUCAGUUCCACCUUGUGAUGUCAUCAUGUGGUAAUACAGGAAGUGCUCCACUGUGUUUUUAAACUCCAUACACCUUUACUAGAAUAAUUUGGAUGAUUUCAGCCCUAGCAUUGCCAGUCUCUACUGGUAAAUGGAGCCAUUCACCUGAAAACUACCACUUCAUGUCAUCACAAGGUAGAAUAGAGCAUUUUGAGCUUUGGAGGUUUACACAGACUAAUAAUAAAGUGUUUUUUUUCAUUCACACAUGUUUGAGUAACACAACUCCAGGUCUGUUUUUGAGGAGGGAAAAGCAUUAGAACAUGGAUUAAAGCUACGAGAGUCAGCUUGUGUGAUACAGGACCUUUAAGUAUGAUGCUACGUAUCGGUGAUGUACAUGUGAUUUACAAAAAAAUUAAUUAAUUAAAAAAAUACAAUUUUUAUGC